AUGGCCAUAGCCGAGAGGAGGCCCGAAUUGACACCCUUUCCACCUCAAGUAACGAUCACAACGCGAGAGUAUGCAGUGUCUUGGUGGGACAAGGUGAACAGGUACAACUUGCGUGGCUUGGCGCUGGUCUUCACUUUGGCGAUUUUGGCAGUCUUGCAUUUGGCUGUUGCAGCCUUUGCAGAGGUCAGAUGGCGGAUACAAGCCCGCUGGGUGGCCAUGCAUGCUGCAAGAACCAAAGGAGUGCAGGUGGAAGUAAAGAAGCUCGAUGAUACAGAGAAGGAUUUCAUCAAGCGUCGAUUAGAAGAAAUUCGUACAGAAGGUGAGUUCAGUGCUGCCAUUCUGGCUGCAGAGGCGGAUGCCACACUGCUUCAGACCCAAGGACUCCAGCACAACUCUGUCACCACCACCUCGCUGGAUCUUCGUCAUGCGAAGGAUGGCCUAGCAACGCUGUUUCAGGCACAUGGGCUGGGGGAUGUGGAGGAUGACAUGGUGCGGCCAGCCCUCUCUGGGCAAGGUCCAUCAACACCUACCGUGAGCACCUCCAUCGUGACGACCACUUUGACAAAGCAAACUCCCUCCAUCGCGGCAGUGUCACCACCAAACCAUUCAAGUGCCCGAUCCCAGACUCUUUCUUUGCGGGAAGCAGCUCAUGAGGAAGCUUUUCAACCAGAAGCCAUGAUUUUGGUCAAGCAGCCCUUCAGAGAAAGGGCCAUCAGCUAUGCAAAUGCCUGGCUGGUGGAUGCCCGCCAGCGGUGUACAAGGAAGACCAUUUGGCAUGCUUGCCAGAAGCAUCACAAGAUCAUCUCCUUGACAGAUGACUCUCAAACAUGGACUUUCAGUGCUCCAGAACGGGCAGCAGUCUUCCACUUUAGCCUGUGGAUCAAUUCGGUUUGCCUCGCACUUGUUCUUGGUGGUGGAAUUCAACGGCGUCCUCACAAGGAUCCAUUUUGCCCAGGAGCUGACCAUGAGCUUCGCUUGGCUUCUGCAGGGUGUUUGCUGCAAGGCUCACAGCUCGGCGAAGCGCUUCUUGCGGCGCUGUGGGCGGUGCCUAUCGCGGCUUUGCUCCAAACCAUUUGCCGUGGCCGCAGCUUCAUGCAUCGGACGCAGGAUCUCUCUGCUACAGCACGGGAAAGAGCCUUCACACGACACUUCUUGGGUCCCUGGCCUUCGAUGAUCAUGGCGCCAGAGGAGGCGAAGGCGCGAUUGUGGAACUUCCUCUGUGGAGUGCUGGCAGUGUUGUGUUGUUGCUCCUGCUGCCCUCGGCCAAAGCGCCGUCGCCUUGUGCCUUUGCAUUGGCAGCCUUCAUUGGUUCCGCUCUGCGCUGUUUUGGUGCUGCUGCUCACGGCUUGGAGUGUGUGCUACUAUACGUUUUUCUUCUCAUCUUCGAUUUAUAUGUAUGAGGUCUCACGAACCGAUACUCCUCAGUUGGAGACUGUGAUUCCUCCAGAUGAACGCGCUGAAGUCACUGCAGCCAACAGUGACGGUCCUCUUGAAGCCCGCUUGAUUUUGGUGCCAGAAAUGCAGAGAUAUUUGCUGCUUCUAGUGCUGAGUUGGUUGAUGAACUUUCUCAUCGUUGAGCCAUUGCUUUUGGUGCUGCAUUUGUUCGUGGGUGAGCCAGCUGUUGCUGACGCUUGGGUGAUUGGAUUGUUGAAUACCUAA